AUGGAAGAGUUAAAGUAUCUGUCGGGCUUCGGAUCUGAGUUUUCAAGUGAGGAUCCUAGAAGGCCCGGCGCGUUACCAGUCGGACAGAACAGCCCGCAAAGAUGCGCGUACGGCUUGUAUGCAGAACAACUGUCCGGCAGUGCCUUCACCGCACCUCGGCAUGACAACAAACGCUCUUGGCUAUAUAGAAUCCGUCCAUCUGUUGUACAUAAACCAUUCAAACGGUCAAAUAUUGCAAAGUACCUUACACACAAUUGGGAUGACGCUGAACCAGACCCUAAUCAGUCUCGUUGGCUGCCAUUCGAUAUUCCUACAACGGACAAAAUGGACUUCGUAGCAGGGUUUCAUACAGUGUGCGGCGCCGGUGACCCGCGCUCGAGACAUGGGAUCGCUAUACACGUGUAUUUAUGUAAUGUCUCGAUGGACAAGAGCGCGAUCUAUAAUGCAGAUGGAGAUUUACUUAUAGUGCCUCAACAAGGUAUUCUAAAAAUAACGACAGAGUUUGGAAAAAUAGAUGUACGCCCUAACGAGAUAGCAGUUAUUCAACUUGGUAUGCGAUUUUCUGUUGCAGUGGAAGGACCAAGCCGGGGUUACAUAUUAGAGGUAUUCGACGGCCACUUCAAGCUGCCGGACUUAGGGCCUAUUGGGGCCAAUGGCUUAGCCAAUCCUCGAGAUUUCCUCACUCCUGUUGCUCAUUAUGAAGAUUUGGAAAUACCUGGAUUCAAAAUAAUAAGCAAAUAUCAGGGUGCUUUAUUCGAAGCGGAGCAAAAUCACUCGCCUUUCGACGUCGUAGCGUGGCACGGCAACUACGUGCCAUACAAGUACGACCUGAGCAAGUUUAUGGUCAUCAACUCAGUAUCCUUCGACCACUGUGAUCCGUCAAUAUUCACAGUCCUAACAUGCCCUUCAACGAAACCAGGAGUGGCCAUCGCCGACUUCGUCAUUUUCCCGCCGCGUUGGUCGGUGCAAGAGAACACGUUCCGACCGCCUUACUACCACAGGAACUGUAUGAGUGAAUUCAUGGGGCUUAUAUUGGGUUCAUACGAAGCCAAAGAAGGCGGGUUCUUGCCCGGCGGCGCGUCCCUCCACUCCAUGAUGACGCCUCAUGGACCCGAUGUUCAAUGUUUCGAAUCCGCAUCAAAAGCCGAACUAACACCACAGAAAAUCGCCGUCGGAACUCAAGCAUUCAUGUUCGAGUCCUCCCUGAGUAUGGCUAUCACGAAAUGGGGCUUAGAAACAUGUCAAAAAUUAGACGCAAAAUAUUUCGAGUGUUGGCAGCAACUGCCUAAACUAUUUUCUGAAAAAUUGAAUGUU